CUUAAAGUUACAUCGGCACCAACAUGAUUCUCCAUCCCGUUCCACUAGCCCAUCUGGAAGACGAACACGCCGCCCAAUUUGCCGUUAUCACGCACGUUUUGGAAGUUCCGCUAGAAAUUGUAUAAAACCAUGCUCAUUUCCCGUAACGAGAAAAAGGACAGGCCGACACGUAUUGGCGACGAACGCCGUCGGCCGAAGUCGUCCAAAUCGCCUCUUCAAAAUCGUUGAUAGGAACACCGGGAUCAUGUUCCUGGUUGAUACCGGGGCGGAAGUUAGCGUGAUCCCACCGGUUCCAGGCGACGCGACUAAGCCACAGACAACCAACUUGCGUGCCGCUAACGGCACUGCUAUUCGAGUCUUCGGUCAACGCUCCCUUACCAUUGACCUCGGACUACGACGUCCCUUUCGAUGGAUUUUCACAAUCGCUGCUGUUCCGUUUGCUAUAUUGGGUAUCGACUUCCUCCAACACUUCGAUCUUCUCGUCGAUGCGCGUCAUCGCAAACUCGUUGACCAAAAGACCCAGCUUUUCACAUGUGGAGUUCGCACACCUUGUGUUUCUGUCACUCCCAUUUACAUUCAGCCUGAAGCUGAUAAGGAAUUUUUAGAUCUGUUCAGACAGUUUCCGCAGCUGGUCCGCUCAGCUGACGCUACUCUUCCGGUCGCAUCUAGCGUUACGCACCAUAUACGAACCCGUGGCCCACCGGUUUCUGCACGGCCACGACGUCUCGCCCCUGAUAAGCUAAAAGCCGCUAAGGCGGAAUUCGAGCACAUGCUCGAACUUGGUAUCAUCCGUCAUUUUCGUCCUUUUCUAGAGGGCAGAAGCUUUACCGUCUUUACUGAUCACAAACCUUUAGUUUAUGCCCUCGACUCGUCAUCGACCUUAACGCAAUCUACAGAGCCACCUGUAACGACGCCCAGCUUUUCAGCUCCACCACAAUCCCAGUCACCAGAUUCGCCUCAAACUAAUACCAGUCACGGUAGAAGAGUUCGUAAACCUGUUCGUUUCUCCGAUUUUGUCGAACUCAUCCAUACCUCAUGAAUCUUUUUCAUUUUCUCUCGUUGUUUGUAUUAUGCUUUUCCGUAAAUAUCUGAAUCUGUCUCCCCGAGUUUUUUCCCCAUCUAUCAGGUAUAGUCAUGAGGCUGGCACGUUUGGGUCCGUCCGUUCAAUGGUUGGCUGUUUCUCAAUUGUUUUGGUCGUUUGGAUGCUUUGGUCUACCCCCAACGCUUUGUCGUCUCGCCCGCCCACGUUGGCCUUUGGAUCGUGGUCUGCUUGGCUCAAUUUGGCUCGCCUUGGUCGUUUGUCUGGCUCGCCUUCCUGGCUUUGGCUGCUCGUGUGCCUGGCUCGUUGUUUUUGGCCCCCCCACGGCUCGCCAGUACGAACAGGAUUUCAGCUUCGUUGUGGCAGUGGAUUGGAAUGCGGUGGGGGGAGUGACCUCUCCCAAGCGCACCGUCUUUCAGCAGCGGUGAAAGGUCCUACCGGCCCUUUUUCUGGAUUAUCCAGUUUUUUGUAGUCCGGUGUGCCCGCUGGGACGGCCCACCGAUGAUGCAUUCCAAUCCACAAGAAGAUUAAAUAAUCCAAAUACAACCGAACUCCUGUGAUUCUGCCUUUAUACAUUUGCAAGCCAACAGCGAUCGAAGUCCUCGUCCCUCGGCCUUCUAGGGGGAGGCCUGUGUAGUGACCAUGACACUUUACUCCAUCAAACAUCACAUUCAGACUUGUACACAUUUUGUUUUACUUUGCACCCGCCUAAAG